GUCUAUUAGAGGUCAGAGUGAGUCCCUCUAAUAGCAACUGCAGCAGCACAGGGCCUUCAGAUAACUGCACCUCUCCGCCUCUGGACACAGUCUACAACUUUCUUUAGACACACACUGUGGAAUUGGUCAGAGAAAAGCCACAAUGCAGACUCAGGAAGUCCUGAGACAGCUGCGGAUUCCCGAGCUGGAUGAACUCCGGCAGUAUGUCCGGAGUGUACCGACCAACGCGCUCAUGGGCAUGGGUGCCUUCGCCGCCAUAACCACAUACUGGUUUGCCACAAGGCCGAAAGCCCUGAAACCACCAUGUGACCUCGGACUGCAGUCAGUGGAAAUGCCAGGGGGAGAACGAGCAAGGAGGUCAGUGCUUAACGACAGCAGUGAGCAGAUGACGCACUACUACAGUGAUGCAUGCACGAUAUAUGAGGUGUUUCAACGAGGGCUCAGAGUAUCAAAUGAUGGACCUUGUUUAGGGUCAAGGAAGCCAAACCAGCCGUAUGAGUGGCAGUCUUAUAGAGAGGUGGCAGACAGAGCGGAGCACAUCGGUUCUGCUCUCCUCCACAGAGGACACUCUCACACAGGAGACAAAUACAUCGGUAUUUUCUCACAAAACAGACCAGAGUGGACCAUAUCAGAGCUGGCCUGUUACACGUACUCCUUGGUGGCGGUCCCACUGUACGACACUCUCGGCACAGAGGCCAUUGGCUAUGUUAUCGACAAAGCUUCCAUCUCUACCAUUAUCUGCGAUGUCCCUGAUAAAGCAAGGAUGGUUCUGGACUGCAUCAGUGGAAAAGGACAAACAGUAAAGACAAUUGUGCUCAUAGAGGCGUUUGACAGCAACCUGGUGACUCGUGGAAAGGAGAAUGGGAUUGAGAUUUUAAGUCUGAAAGAGUUUGAGGCCUUGGGGGAAGCAAAUCGCCAGAAACCACUGCCCCCUAAACCAGACGACCUCGCACUUGUUUGCUUCACAUCAGGAACCACAGGAAAUCCAAAAGGUGCAAUGCUUACUCACGGAAAUGUAAUCUCCAACACUGCAGCUUUCAUUAAAAUAACAGAGGGCACACUGAAGCCCAGCAGUAAAGAUGUGCUCAUCUCCUACCUCCCUUUGGCCCACAUGUUUGAGAGGGUGGUGGAGGGUGUCAUCCUCAUCCAUGGGGCUCGAAUCGGCUAUUUCCAAGGGGAUAUUCGCCUUCUGAUGGAUGACCUGAAAACACUGCAGCCGACAGUCUUUCCUGUGGUCCCACGUCUCCUCAACCGAAUGUUUGAUAAGGUGUUCAGCCAAGCUAAUACACCGCUGAAGAAAUGGCUGCUUGAUUUUGCCUUCAGGAGGAAGGAGGCUGACCUUAAAAAUGGUGUGGUGAGAAAAGACAGUAUGUGGGAUAAACUCAUCUUCAAAAAAGUACAGGCUAGUUUGGGCGGUCGUGUCAGACUCAUGAUUACAGGAGCAGCUCCAGUUUCUCCAACCAUCCUGACGUUUCUACGAGCUGCACUGGGCUGUCAGUUUUAUGAGGGCUACGGUCAGACUGAAUGUACAGCUGGAUGCUCUAUGUCAAUGCCUGGGGACUGGACAGCAGGCCAUGUUGGUCCUCCUCUGCCCUGUAAUGCUAUUAAACUGGUGGACGUGGCAGAAAUGAAUUAUUUUGCUGCCAAUGGAGAGGGAGAGAUAUGUGUCAAAGGACCAAAUGUUUUCAAGGGAUAUCUGAAGGAUCCAGAGAAAACAGCAGAAGCGAUAGAUGAUGAUGGAUGGCUGCACACAGGAGACAUUGGGAAAUGGCUUCCUAAUGGCACCUUGAAGAUCACUGACAGAAAGAAGCACAUUUUUAAGCUAGCACAAGGAGAAUACAUCGCCCCAGAGAAAAUAGAAACCAUCUAUAACCUCAGUGACCCAGUGGCUCAGAUAUUUGUUCACGGAGACAGCUUACAGGCGUGCCUGGUUGGGAUCGUGGUACCUGAUCCUGACUUUUUACCUCUGUGGAUCAAGAAGAAAGGGAUUGAAGGAUCUUACUCUGAACUGUGCAAAAACCCGGAUGUGAAAAAUGCCAUUUUGGAGGACCUUCUGAGGCUGGGGAAAGAAGGUGGACUCAAGUCUUUUGAGCAGGUGAGAGAUAUUGCACUACAUCCUGAACUGUUUUCCGUCCAGAACGGCCUGCUGACGCCCACGCUGAAGGCUAAGAGGACUGAGCUUCGGAGCCGCUUCAGAGAGUUAAUUGAUGAACUUUAUGCCAAAAUUAAGAUGUAAGCUGGAAGUGAGGACCGCUGUUUAGAAAGAGACAAUCAUUAAGAGCACACAGCCAGAAUGGAGACACAGGGGCUUUCCUGCUAUUUAUCUGCCAGAGGAUAUAUUUACAAUUUAUGGGAGUAACUUUUCAUUGAAUGAAUAAUGACCCUCAUUAUGUUUGUUCUGUCCCUGAUUCAUCUAGAAAUUGUGCCACUAUAUUUUAUCCAAUAAGGAUUGGCUCAAUGGUUCAGAAUAUGUACAGUGCUGAUAAAAAGUAUUCAUCCCCAGUAUUCAGUAUUCAUCAUGUUUUACACUUUUAUUCAUUUUAUAGACCAAUCAUGGCCAGUAUAUAAUUUUAUUACAAAAACUCUUAAAUGUCAGAAGGAAAACAGAUUUCUACAAAGGUAUCUCAAUUAAAUAAAAUAUCAAAUGUAAAACAAGUGACUGUAAAUAUUUACCCCCUAUAAGUCAGUAUUUAGUAGAAGCACCUAUGUGGACAGGUCUUAAUCAGGCCUUCACAUCUGGACACUGUAACUUUCACCAUUCUUCUUUGCAACUGCUCAAGCUCUGUCAGGCUGCAUGGUGAUCAGGCCUUUUUUAAGUCAAUCCACAAAUUCUCUAUUGGAUUGAGGUCUGGGCUUUCACUCAGCCACUCCAGAAGAUUCACCCUGUUGUCUUUAAACCAUUUCUGUGUAGCUUUCUUGCUAUGCUCCAGGUCAUUGUCUUGCUGGAA